AUGCUCCCUGUUCUCCUCAUCGCCAUCCUCCCCAUCAUCUACCUCAUCCACGAAUACUUCUCCGACCCCCUUUCUCGCAUCCCCAACGCUCACCCCCUCUCUCCAUAUACCACCAAAUGGAUAACCCACCACCGCAACCGCACCACCGAAGUGAAAGCCAUCUACACCGCCCAUCGCGCCCGCGGGCCCAUAAUCCGCCUCUCCCCUACCGAACUCAGCAUCAAUUCGCUUGAAGGCCUGCGGGCAAUCUAUACGCAGGGCGCGUUCGAAAAACAUGCGUUUUAUGCUGACACAUUUAUAAACUUCCAUACGCCGAACAUGGUUGGUAUGCUGGAGAAUAAAGCUCACGGGGAACAGAAGAGGUUGCUCAGUGGGAUUUAUGCCAAGAGCUAUCUGCUCAGGUCGGGGGAUAUUAAGAUUCUGGGGCGGGAGAUGGUAGUUAGGAGGUUGGGGGAGUUCUUGAAAGGAGUCGUUGCGAAGGGUGCGGUGUUCAAUGUGUUGCCUGUUUUUCAGGCUGUGGGAAUGGAUUUUACCUCUGGGUUUGUGUUUGGAGCGCAGGGUGGGACGAGGUUCUUGGAGGAUCUGGCUUCUUGGGGAGUGUGGUUGGGGCAGUAUGAGGCUUUUAAAAGCUUAAGCAGGGAGGAUAGGUUUAUGGGCUUUGUGGAGAGGUGGUGUUUAGGGUUGUGUGAGGGGGUUGGUCUUUUGAAGGAGGAUGGAGGCCUGGUGACGCAGCCUGUGGUUUAUGAUCGGCUUUGGGAGGGAUUGGAGGAAAAGAAAAAGGUAUCUGGCGAGGAUAUAAAUUUGAAGUUAGCCGUUGCAUCGGAGAUAUUGGAUCAUUUGGUGGCGGGGCAUGAGACGACUGGUAUUACCAUCACGUAUAUCAUGUGGGAGCUGUCGAAGAGGCCGGAUUUGCAGACAAGACUGAGAGAGGAGCUGGCUACAUUGUCUGGGUCGUUAAGGCAUACUGAGGAGAUGGAAAAGAAACUGCCUCCGUUGGCAGACAUCGAUGCACUUCCGUUGCUGGAUGCCAUCGUCCGGGAAACUCUCCGACGACACGCACCGGCUCCGGCACCGUUAUCCCGGGUGACUCCACCAGAGGGAGCAUGGAUCCAUGGGUAUUAUAUUCCCGGCGGAGUACAGGUCAGUUCCUCUGCAUACUCACUGCACCGGAUUGAAGAGGUCUUUCCGUCUCCGGAGGAGUGGAUUCCCAUGCGUUGGAUGGAUGCAAAAGAUGACAAGAUCCAUGAUAUGCGGCGCCUGUUCUAUCCGUUCGGAACCGGCGGAAGGAUGUGUCUGGGGAACAAUUUUGCAUUUCUGGAGAUCAAGCUGGUUAUAGCGAUGGUAUAUGCUAACUACUUGCCCGAGGUUGUGGAUGAUGAAGAUAUUGAGCAGCACUUGGAGUUCAUUGCAUUGCCAAAGGGGAGGAAGUUGAUGAGGGAAACCUUGUCCCAUCCUCGAAAUCCUAUAUCCUGA